UUAUGCGCGUUCUUCCUUUAACUUUUGCCUCAAGUACCGCAUGCUCCCGCGGGAUCAUUUUAUAUGUGUUCUUCUUUUAACCGUCUCAUAGGAAGUCUCUCUCUCGUCGCGUUUCAGUGUCUACGUCUACGAUUCCCACGGUUGUAAGAGGGAUUGAUCCUGCAUUUUCCUGGGCAAAUAGUAGACGACAUAAAAAAUGGCGAACAAAAUUCCGAUUCCUACUAAAAGCUCAGCACUUAUUGCCAUGAUUGCUGAUGAGGAUACGAUAACUGGCUUUUUGCUGGCCGGAGUGGGGAAUGUUGAUCUACGUCGAAAGACAAAUUACCUUAUUGUGGACUCAAAAACUACCGUGAAAGCAAUUGAGGAUGCAUUUAAAGAGUUCACCACAAGCGAAGACAUUGCUAUUGUAUUGAUAAGCCAAUAUGUGGCAAAUAUGAUUAGGUUCUUGGUCGAUAGUUACAACAAGCCAAUUCCAGCCAUCUUGGAGAUUCCCUCGAAGGACCAUCCAUAUGAUCCAACACAUGAUUCGGUUCUGUCCAGAGUGAGGUACUUGUUCUCUGCCGAGUCGGUGGCAUCGGAUAGGCGCUAAAGUCCUUAUUGCAUAAUGGCCCUUGCCUCUUUGUACGAGUGCAAUUGUUUUGCUAUGUAAUGUGGAGUGCUUUAAUGUAUUCUUUUGCAAACAGAGUUGCCACUGUGGCGUGCUGUGCUCUUUUCCUUUCCUUUAAUCGAGAAGUGUUCCUUGGGAAGUGAUACAUGUAAGUCAUAGUGAGCAGUUUUUAGAGAGUAAUGGGAAUAAAUGAUAUGAAUGGUGGGCUCCUUGUUGACUAUUAUUGUUGUUGUUGUUGGUAUUAUUAUUCAGAUGGAACUUUUGUGUUGAAAA